UUUAAUUGAAGUAAAAUGGAGGAAAAAACUGGAGAGGAAUCUGCUGCAACAAAUACAACAAAUGCUGCUGUGAAGGGUGAAGCCUACAUCAAACCACAAUUUUUAACCACUAAAGCUGCAUUUCAUGAGUUUGUUGAUUCAAACUGGAAAUCAAAUGGCGCAAAAGGUGGCAAUGAAGAUUCAAAUGAAGAUACAGAGGCAACAACUGUGGAGGAGCCUGAAGCCAAGAAGCCCAAGUUGGAUACAGAUGAUAAUAAAAGUGAGAAACCAGAUAAAAAACAGUGGCGUGGACAGAACAAGUCAAGACCUCACACUAAGCCUACCACGUAUGAUGAAAAACGUCUCUGUCUCUCUGUCCUUAAGGAUGACAAACAAUGCCACUAUGGAGAAAAAUGUCAUUUCUACCAUGAUGUUGCAGAGUACAUGAAGACCAAACCUGCUGAUAUUGGGGACAAGUGUUAUCUCUAUGACACCUUUGGAAAGUGCCCUUAUACCCUAUCUUGCCGCUUUGCCAUGGCACACACCACAGCAGACUUUAAAACAAUGGAAAAGACAGAUCUAGUGAAAGAGUUUGAGGGAAGAAACGUUGUGAAGAAUAGUUUGAGCAAAGAUCUCCAAAUUAGUCUCAGGAAGCGCUCAGUGAAAUUCCCUAAAUCAGAUGAGUAUCUUAAAGCCCUGGCCAAACAAAAGGAGAAGAGGGAACAACAAGAAAAUGGAGCAAAAAAUGCAUCUCCAGAUCCAGUUGAAGAGGUUCAGCAAGCACCCACAGAGAUGGAAUCUCAAGUAAAUACAGACAUUAUCAGACUAAGACCAUGUGAAAAGAAGCAGGUCGACUUCAAGGACAAACUCUACCUGGCACCUCUAACAACUUGUGGAAAUUUGCCUUUCAGGCGCAUUUGUAAGCGUUUUGGAGCUGACAUCACGUGUGGAGAGAUGGCCAUGUGCACAAACCUGCUGCAGGGACAGCAGUCUGAGUGGGCUCUGCUAAAGAGGCAUGAAUGUGAAGAUGUUUUUGGAGUUCAGUUGGAGGGUUGUUUCCCAGACACAAUGACAAGAUGCGCAGAGCUCAUCAACAACAACAUAGAGGUCGAUUUUGUGGAUAUAAACUCUGGAUGCCCCAUUGAUCUUGUUUACAAGAAGGGUGGCGGCUGUGGUCUGAUGACACGAACCAGGAAAUUUGAACAGAUAAUCAGGGGAAUGAACUAUGCCCUAGAUGUCCCUCUAACAGUAAAGAUAAGAACUGGUGUUCAAGAGAAAUGCAACAUUGCUCAUAAACUCAUCCCAGAAUUCAAGCAAUGGGGCGUCUCUAUGAUCACACUACAUGGUCGAUCCAGAGAACAGCGCUACACAAAGUUGGCCGACUGGGACUACAUCAGCAGCUGCGCGGAGCUAGCAAGCCCUAUACCUCUUUUUGGUAAUGGAGACAUACUUUCCUAUGAAGAUGCCAUGAAAGCAAGAGAGACAGGAGUUUCCGGAAUCAUGAUAGCAAGGGGAGCUCUAAUUAAACCGUGGAUCUUCACUGAGAUCAAGGAGAGCAGGCAUUGGGAUAUUUCAUCCAGUGAGCGUUUGGACAUCCUCAGGGACUUCUCGAACUACGGCCUGGAGCACUGGGGCUCAGACACCCGCGGAGUGGAGAAGACGCGCACCUUCAUGUUAGAAUGGCUCUCCUUUAUGUGCAGAUAUAUUCCUGUUGGUCUAUUGGAGCGAGUCCCUCAGAAAAUCAAUGAGCGACCUCCGUAUUACAUGGGACGGGACUAUCUUGAGUCACUGAUGGCAAGUCAAAACGUUGGAGACUGGGUUAGGAUCAGUGAAAUGCUGCUUGGACCCGUUCCCAAAAAUUUCAAGUUCCUUCCUAAACACAAAGCCAAUGCCUACAAGUAACUAAUCCUCCCACUUAAAAAAAAAAAAAUAUACUAGUUUAUAUUUUACUUGUGUGUUUUCAAUUAAAUGUUGAUACUUAGUUAAAUUAAAACAUUGGGGCUAUUAAACUAUUAAGGCUAUUGAAUAGUCUGUUAAUUUAAACAUGGCUAAAAAAGAAACAUUGAUAGUUUAUAAAGAUGUUUGUGAAUUCUACAAUAAAGCCCUCUAUUUGUUUUGC